AUGCGCGAAAUGGACCGCCAACAGGCAAUUGAGCCGGAGGACCGCGAGAUUAUGGAGAAGCUCGCGAAACUGCAGAACAUGUACAAUCAGAUUGGUGGUCUGCGGACUUUGUUGCCAGAAAAGCUGAUCAACCCGACCAGGUUCGCCCUGGAGAAUCCACACAGGUAUGAACCAGAAAAGCUAGCAGCCUAUUUGCAAGAUGCUGCACAAGCAGGGAUCCGGGACGUUGAAAAGUUCAAAAAGGACUGGCACAGCGAUGAUGUACGCGAGCUGUGGCAAGUGGUCAACACUGGCGACGUACCCCAGGGCGGGGAUGCCUGGACUUUGGACUACGACACUCUGAUCCUUCAGAACCAGGGCAAGAAUUCUACCUCGCUUGAGUCUCGUACCCUUACCCACAGCCUCAAUGGCCAAACCGAUGCGGAAAUCGCCAAAAUCGUUAGCGAUUUUCAGGUCAAACACCCGGACUUGAAGAUCUCCCCUGCGCACGAAGCGAAUCCUUUGCCUCUGGAUAUCGGCAUAGGUCAAGUGGAAUUUCGUAUUGAAAAGAGCCGAGAUGCGAGCACCGGAACUUUCAAGGCGACGUACAAACCGGGGACAGAACCUUUUGCGCUGCGUGAUCGCAUUCUUGAGAGCAUCAAGAAGUCCGAUGUUCGAAGCAAUCUCAUGGCACUACUUGAGAUGAUUGCAGCUUAUCACGACAUCAAAACCAGACCUUGUGACAAGUGCGACAUACUGGUCAACAACAAGCUGCAGCUUCCAUUGAUCAGGCAGUUGAAGACUGCCGAAGACAAUGAGAGAUUUGAAUUUCUCGCUCUCCAUCCGGAGUGCGCCUGA